ACAUGUAUGGUUGCUCUCUUGAUGUAACACACAGUUUGUAUUUGUGGAUCCUCAGAUCCUUCAUGUUGUUGAUCAAACGUAUUUAAUAGCUCUCCCUAUAGAAACAUGAGAUUUGUGCCAAUAAUAUCUUAAAACUAAUAAUUUGAAAAGCAGUGUACCUCAUUCAUGGAAAGUUUCAGGGACUUAUAAUUUAUAAAAUAUAAAACUGCAUCAAAAUGAUCACAAUUUUGUAAUGCAUUUGUCUACUUUUUGCUGUUAUAUCAGGGUUAAUUUUUAUCUCCUUUCACUUUUCUGUAUUUUUUUAACGAGUUACUGACAAAUGUACUGUUUUUACUUUUGUUUCAGAGUUGAUUGAAGACAAUGAGGAGAAAAAAGAAUUAAGUGAAGUUGAGAAGAAAAAUCAUGUCAAAAAUGGAGAAAAACCCAAACAGAAAGAUUUAAAGAAAAUAAGAGGCAAUAAAUAUUUCACCUGCACUCAGUGUGGAAAAAGUUACACAUGCAAACGUAAUCUUGAGCUUCACAUGAACAUUCAUACUGAAGAAAAACUGUUCACAUGUGAUCAGUGCGGAAAGAGUUUCACACAAAAACGAAACCUCUCAGCACAUAUGACUGGAGAGAAACCGUUCACUUGUGAUCAGUGCGGGAAGAGUUUCACACAAUCAGCAAAUCUUAAGGAUCACAUGAACAUUCACACUGGAGGAAAGCGGCACGCAUGUGAUCAAUGCGGCAAAACAUUUUUGUGGGUUUCAGUCCUGAAGAAUCACCUAAAAGUUCAUACAAAGGAGAAGCCGCAUUCAUGUUAUUUGUGUGGAAAGAGUUUUUCAUGUCUACACAAUUUGAAAGUACAUCAGAAAAUACACACUGGUGUGAGAGACUACAUGUGCUUUGAGUGUGAAAAGACUUUUACUUCAGCUAAACAUUUGAAACGACACCAGAUGAUCCACACUGGAGAAAAACCUUACAAGUGUUCACACUGUGACAAGAGAUUCAGUCAGUCAGGAGACCUGAAAACACACGAGAGGAUUCACACUGGAGUAAAAUCUUAUAUGUGACCCUGGACCACAAAACCAAUCUGGAAUCUGAUUUUUUUCAUCUGAGGGUGAAAAAAAAUCUAAAUAUUGAGAAAAUCGCCAGUAAAGUUGUCCAAAUGAAGAUCUCAGCAAUGCUUAUUACUAAUCAAAAAUUAUGUUUUGAUAUUUACGGUAGGAAAUUUACAAAAUAUCUUCAUGGAACAUGAUCUCAAUAUCCUAAUAAUUUUUGGCAUUAAAGAAAAAUCGAUAAUUUUGACGCAUACAAUGUAUUUUUGGCUAUCACAUAUGUGUUCACACUGUGACAAGAGAUGCAAUCAGUCAAUAAUCUGAAAACACAUGAGAGGAUCCACACUGGAGAGAAACCUUAUCACUGCACUGCCUGUGGGAAAUGUUUCAAUCAAUCAUCUGCUCUACACAGUCAUACAAAAAACAAUCACAGUUAGGGUUGGGCAGUAUGAUAUCGUUAUAGCGGAAUUAAACGUCUACCGUAACGAUUUUUUAUUCUGUGUAUACCACUUUCAUUCCAAACCUCCUCCUGCCCAAACUAACUCAGCUCUCCGUCCCCACCUCCGUCUGUCAGUGGAUCAUCAGUUUCCUGACAGACAGGCAGCAGCUGGUGAGGCUGGGAAAAUACACAUCCAGCACCUGUACGAUCAGCACUGGAGCCCCUCAGGGCUGCGUUCUCUCCCCACUGCUCUUCUCCCUCUACACCAAUGACUGCACCUCUAAAGACCCCUCUGUCAAGCUCCUGAAGUUUGCAGAGGACACCACAGUCAUCGACUUCAUUCAGGAUGGUGACGAGUCUGCUUACAGGCAGGAGGUUAAGGAGCUGGCUGUCUGGUGCAGUCUUAACAACCUGAAGCUCAACACGCUCAAAACAGUGGAGAUGAUCGUGGACUUCAGGAGAAACCCCCCUGCUCUCCCCCCACUCACCAUCAUGAACAGCACUGUGACUGCAGUGGAGUCAUUCAGAUUUCUGGGCACCACCAUCUCUCAGGACCUGAAGUGGGACGCUCACAUUGAGUCCAUUGUGAAAAGCCCAGCAGAGGUUGUACUUCCUUUGCCAGCUGAGGAAGUUCAACCUGCCACAGGAGCUGCUGAAACAGUUCUACUCCGCCAUCAUUGAAUCUGUCCUCUGCA